AGAGCCCUCCACAACCCCCACGUCUCAGCCGAAGCCAAAGUGCACGCGAGAGAAAUGCUCCAAACCCUCGACGAAGACGAAGCGCGUCAGGAAAUGCACGACGAAGGCCCGCAUCACGCUGCUCAUCAUCGCCACCACGGCCGUGUAGGCAGUGCGCAUGAACGCCCGACGUCCCCGCAGGAAAGGAUUAAUGCGGCGAGGGGGUAUAGGGCGGCGCUGAGUAACCCGCUUGUCUCGAUGGAGGCGAAAGAGCAUGCGCGCACGAUGCUCACGGAUCUGGAUGAGGAGGGGGCUAGGCAGGAGCUUUAUCGCGAGAAGCCGAAGAGUCCGACGAGGGUGGCUGGGGGGUUGAGAGGGGCUCAGCAUAAUCCUCUUGUGAGUGAGGAGAGUCGACGUCGCGCUGCGGCGAAACUGAAGGAUAUGCAUGAGGGGCCUGCGGAGUAG